UGUUCUUUGUGACAGCUGUUAUUUCUCCCUGGGUUUUGCAAACUUUUUAAAAAACAACAUUUUAAAAAGAAUGAUUUAGAUUUACCAAAGGAGCCAAUGAGCAGAAAACUAGUUUUUCUCUUUUAUCGUUGAAGUCUGUCUAAAUCUGUCGUACUACUAAAGGGAACAGCAACUGAUGUUUGCUAGAAGGCAUGAUGGUUUACAAAGCCUUUAUCACAUGUUAUAUUUGAUUUAAUCCUCACAUUAACUUUUGAGGGAGGUACUCUUAGUGUCCCAUUUUCCAGGUGAGAAAACAUGAACUGAAGACCUCAGAGGUGGAGUACAGAUGUAGUCCAAGAUAAACUAGAAGAUGAAACUCUGACCAUAAAGGAUCAUUUAGCAGCUGUGCUGAUACUCCAUUUCAUGACUCCGGGGGAAAUGUGGAAGCACAAAAACCAGGGAUGACUGGAGCCAAGGUGCAGACUCUUGCCAAAUCACAAUGAAAUUAACUAACUUGGGAUAAAUAUUCCCGUGCUGGGGUCUAAGAGAGAUGUGGUCAAUUAGGAUCUCUUCACUUGCAGGCUUUUCAAGAUGGAGAUCUGUUUUCUUCACCAUGUAUUUAGAAAGUCAUGCCUCUUGGAAGAGAUUACCACCAUGAAGGAAGUUGAGUAUUCCUUUCUUCUAGAAAAUGAUCAUUUCCUUUGAACCAGUUAGGGGAGCUACAUGAAGGAUAUCCUUAAAGAAAUUACAACUGACCGAUGGAAGAUAAGAAUCAGACAGAAGUGACUGAAUUUCUUUUCUUGGGCCUCACAGAUCACCUCCAUCAUCAGAUCGUCCUCUUUGUCAUGCUUCUCUUUGUCUAUGUUGUCACCCUGGGGGGUAACACAGGGAUGAUCAUUCUCAUAUGGACUGAUGCAAGACUCUACACUCCUAUGUACUUUUUUCUCAGCCACUUGUCCUUUGUAGAUAUUUGUUCUUCUUCUUCCAUUGCCCCCAAGAUGCUGUGCGAUAUCUUUGCAGAGAAAAAAGGCAUCUCUUUUGUGGGUUGUGCUGCACAGAUGUGGUUCUUUGGUUUCUUUGUGGCAAGUGAAUGUUUCCUCCUGGCUUCCAUGGCAUAUGACCGGUAUAUGGCCAUCUGUAAGCCCUUGCUGUACACACUCAUCAUGUCCCAGAGGGUCUGUGUGCAGCUGGUGGUAGAGCCUUACGCCAUGGCUCUUAUAAGCACAAUGACCCAUACAAUUCUCACUUUUCACUUACCCUUCUGUGGUCCAAAUAUCAUCAAUCAUUUCUUCUGUGACAUUUCUCCACUGUUGUCUCUAGCAUGUGCAGACACAUGGAUCAAUAAAUUCGUGCUGUUCAUCUUGGCUGGAGCAAUUGGUGUGCUCAGUGGCCUGAUCAUCAUGGUCUCCUAUGUUUGCAUCCUGGUGGCCAUCUUGAAGAUCCGGACUGCUGAUGGGAGGCAGAAAGCUUUCUCCACUUGCUCUUCUCACCUGGCAGUCAUCUCCGUCUUUUAUGGGACUCUUUUCUUUAUCUAUGUUCGGCCUGGCUCAACUUCUUCCCUGGAUAUCAAUAAAGUGAUUUCUCUGUUUUAUACUGUGGUAAUCCCCAUGUUGAACCCCCUCAUCUAUAGUCUGAGGAACAAGGAGGUGAAAAAUGCAUUCAGGAGGAAGUUGGAAAGGAAAAAUUCUCUAAUGGUCUUGGUAAAAUAGGACUCUGUUGUGUUGUACCAUAGAUGUUGGUACAGACUGUACAGGAAAGCAAUCACUAAAGUGGAAGUCAGAAACUGCAUGUGAGUCCGUGCUCUACCAGCUCAUAGAUGAUUUGAAAAGUGGAGUAGUUCUUAAAUAUUUUUCUGCAGUAUCUUAUCGUCUGUGACAUGAUGAGAGUUUCAAAAUAAUAUAGAGAUGGAUUGAGAAUAUAAAUGUGAAAAUAUACUGGAAGAAAACUUAGGUGACUGUUUGUACAAUCAUGGAUGUUUGAAUACUAUUUAAUCCAGACAAGAAAACCAAAACUUGUAAUCAAAAGUUCAGGGUACCACAAAUAAUAUUGCAAGGGAAAUAAUAAAAUGAGAAAAUGUUUGCGCACAUGUUCCAACAAUGAAGUUGUAUCUCUGAUAAUGAAGGAACAGUCUAAAAUUCAAAGAAAAAUAUAAUAGAUAAAAGGGCAAACAAAUGAAGAAGCAAUUCACAGAAAUGGGUAUCCACAUAACAAGAUUGUGUGAGAAAAAAUAGUUCACUAUCAUGACGUCAAGAAAAUGAAAGGAAAUUAAAGGCCAAUGCAGUGCCUUUCAAUAUAGAGAGAAUAUUGUUAGUUUCCUGUGAAGAUGAAGUUCCUAUAUGGCCAUGUCCAUUCUUACUUCCUGCUAAUCGUGUGAAUACCCCAUUUCACAAAGAACCUGGUAGUUCCCAUAUAAAAUGAUAAAUUUUUAUGGCGUCUGACCUAGAAAUCCCUCCUUUAGAAAUAUCUAGCUGACCGAAAUAUAAAUGCCAAUGAAUAAGAUUACACCUAUUUCAGCACUUUGUAUGGGAAGUAAAAUAAAAGAAAUGGUCUGUAUAUCCACCAUUAUAAGAAAAGUCAAUUUUGUGUGUGUGGAUGUGAAAUGCACAGCAAAUGAAAAGACCAGGUAAUUGUGGACUGACCUGGAGAUUGUAUGCAGUCACUGUUAGGUGGAAAAAAAAAAAAAAAUCAAGCGGAAGACCAAAGUGUAGCUCUGAUCAUUAAGAACAAGGGCCGAUGCCAUAUAAUAAAAUGUGCAAUGUGCGUGCAGGAGCAAGUGAACACUGGGAGGACCUUAUAAAGGAUGCACAACAAGUUUAGAUGUUGAUUACUUCAACAGGAGUGACGUUGAGGUGGGAAAGGAGAGGUUUUAUUCAUGCACAUUUGAGUUGUUGCUUGAUCGCCCUCCUGCUUUACUUGGGAUCCAUUUAAAAUGGAGCUCCAUUUAUAUCUUAUGGUUUUUGCUUUGCCCAUUUACUUUAUUUAUUGGAGGUUCUGAUUGGACCCAGUGCAUUAGGGCAGGACUGGAUACAUGCUCAUGUGGUGCUUCCUGGGCAAGAGUUCCUUUUUUAUUAGGCCCCACAAACAGACUAGGAGCUCUUUCUCAAAAAACAUAACCUCCUUUGUUAUGGAUGGUAUAGAGUAUCUCCUGAAGCCCAGGACCUGAAUCUUCCCCCUACUGAGGCUGGUAAUAAGCUUCAUGUUGCUUCUUUCCCUAGGACCAUAGCUUCCCUUAUAGCUCCUGCUCUAUCAUGCGGUCAAGUGGCAGGGCUGCUUGUACUGUACUUGGACCUGCUGGGGAGACUCUCCUGUUCUGCAUCCCACUUAAUGCCUGUGGGCCUUCUGUGCCAUAUGGUCUGUGGGCUGGAGAACACUUCCUAGCUGUGGAUUAUGUUGCCUCCAAAACCCACAGGGGCCUACUAAGACUCUGAUUCUUUCUUCAUGAAAUUUAUUUUGGAUGGGGUAUUGUAGCAUGCCCUUGGCAGGUAGACCUGUAAAAACUCACCCAAUAUUUUGAGUUUCUGAGUCUUAAUAGGUAUUUGUGUGGUUGUGUUGUGUCUCUCACCCUCUGGAGCACAGGUGUUUCACCAAGGUGUCCAACGUUCCGGCAACUGCUUGUAUGAACUGCUCUAUCAGUAUGACGUUAUCAAGGUAGUAGACAUUACAGUUAGUAUCCACUAAGUAUAGUGGGUAGGAGGCCAAAUAUCUUGGGGGAC